UUUACGUAAUGAUACAUUCAUUUCAAAUUAAAGUUCGUGAAUUUCGCGAAAUGAGUGUAUUGGCAGCACUUAAUCCCACCAAAGGCGUAUCUAUUUCGCUUUUGCACGAUAUUUGAACUGGUUUUUCAGUUAGAACGUCGUUUGUUGUGUUGUGUUGUGUUGUGUUCAGUGUUGUUGAACAUGAGUGACAGCGGCAUAGAUUGUGUCGAAGGUGAAAGAGUGCACUUAGGCAACUUCAGUUCACCUAAGGUGCUCUGUGAUGAACUGAGCUCCAUUGCCAUUGAUGGACAGUUACCUAACGGGUUUCAGUCACUAAAACCUGAAUCUUCAGGAAGACAAAGGCACAAUUCUUUGUGUUCGCCAAGCAGAAAACACCCUGACCAACGGAGGCGAUCACGUUCUGUACAACUAGACAAAUCAAAUGAUUUGCACUUCGAAAAGAAGUCUCCGCAGAAGAAAUUUGUCAGUACAGCAGAAGCUACGUACAAAUUCCAGAGAAGUACACCUGAGAGAUUCCAUACAAAGCCUGUUAUAGAUGGUUCACAGAGAUGGCAAGCUAGCCAAGUAAACCCAUCUUACAAGAAAUUACGGUGUACUGUGCCACAGUCACCUAACUUUACUUCUCAUUUACGUGUCAGACCUGUAACUUACCCGUCAAAAGAGGAGCGGGAGGAGGCUGAACUGCAGCAAAUGCAAAAGUACAUUUUCAAGGCAGCACCAUUAAAAGCUGAUAUCUUAAAGGAACCACAAUUGCCCAAGAAAGUUGAUCCAAAACCAGUGACAAAACCUAGCCCAUUUCAGUUGACUGAAGUGAAGAAGUUCAUAGGGGCUGCAAAACCGAUCAACGAAUCUCAAACUGUGCGUACUAACAGGAACAUAUUUCCAGAUGAAAAGCGGGAUGCAAGAACUGAACAUAAUACUGAUCAUCCUGUGUGGGAGAACAAAGUCGCAGAAACAGUAGCUAACAAGGAUAUGGAGCAGAAGGGUGUAAAGAAAGCAACACCUAUAAAGCGUGUAACAGUACCUGCACCAUUCACAUUUGAGGAGAGGGACAGAAUAAGACAGCAGCAGAAAGAAGAAAAAAUAAGACAGGUUUUAGAAGAGGAGAAAAGAGCUCGGGAAUUCCGUGCAAAUCCAAUACCCAAAUCAGUAAAAUGUUCAGUCUCACAAUCAGAAUUAAAAUCUCACCCUCCUACACAACCCGAACCUUUCCAUUUGUAUACUGAGGAAAGAAGAGCGCAGCAUGAAGGAGCACUGAAAGCAAAACUUGAAGAAGACCGUCGAGCAGCAGAAGUGACACGGUUUAAAGCCAGGCCUCCUGUUGUCCUCAUGAAAAAACCAUUUGAACCAGUGAAACCACACCGUGUGUUCAAAGAAAUAACAGCUAUAUGUCUAAAUACUGAUAUUCGUUCAAAAGAGCGUGAAAGAUUUGAAAUGAAAAUAAAGGAAAAAGAAAUGCUUAUAGAAGAAUGCAGGAGACAACUCAAAGAGGAGCAGGAAAGAGAAGAGGAAGAAGAAAAAGCAAGACUGCGCAGGGAGGCUAUUCAUAAGGCCCAACCGAUUUCCAAAUAUGCUACUGUUGUAGUUGCAAAAUCUACAAAAGAACUGACUGUACCAGAAUCACCAUUUUCAAGAACUAAGACAUAUAAACACUGACUGAGGUUUUAUGACUUGACACUAUUUAAUAUUUGUAGUCCUUGUUUAUAUUUGAUAUGUUUUAAAACUAUAUAUUAAUAUUCUUUAAAAGCAUGUUUAAUAAAGUCUCUUGUAUAAUGAAAUGUCAAUAGUUGUCUGUGGAUAAGAAUAGGUCUGUUUUUAAUUAGACUGGGAAAGUUACAUAAAAGUAUCUACCAAAAGUGAUUACUUCAUAACAAUGGUAAUAGUGUAAUGACAGAAGGGCUCAUGUUGUUUGUACAUGAGCUUUUUCAAGAGCUAAUACAAGUAAACAAAACAAAUGAGAUUUUAUUAUUUGCCAAUGUAAUUUUAUAUUUCUUGUUUCAUUUUUGACAAAACUAUUUCCCAUACUUUUUAAAAACAUAGUUAAUAAACUUCUUAUUCUAAUGAAAUGUCAGUAGUUGCCUGUAGUACUGGAUGAUCAGUGUAUCUGUUUCUAAUUUACUAUGGAGAGUUAUGUAGAGGUGAAACUUCCUGGCAGAUUAAAACUGUGUGCUGGACCGAAACUCGAACUCGGGACCUUUGCCUCCGCAGUAUCCUUUCUUCCAGGAGUGCUAGUUCUGCAGGGUUCACAGGAGAGCUUCUGUGAAGUUUGGAAGGUAGGAGACGAGGUACUAGCAGAAUUAAAGCUGUGAGGGCGGGUCAUGAGUCGUGCUUGGGUAACUCAGAUGGUAAAGAGCACUUGCCCGCGAAAUGCAAAGGCCCCGAGUUCGAGUCUCAGUCCAGCUGCCAGGAAGUUUCAUAUCAGUGUACACUCCGCUGCAGAGUGAAAAUCUCAUUCUGGUUACGUAAAGGUAUCUGCGACAAAUGGUUACUGCAUAAUCAUGAGCUCUGUGUAUGUUCAUGGUAGUCAUCUGGAAUAGUUAUCAAUUUUAUGCAAACAUUAUGUUGUGUGUUGUAUCAGUUUCAGUAGGUUUGAAGUUCGUAAACAAUAUCUAGGCAAAGAUAAAAUUUAUUUAUACAGUAUACAUAAAUAAUUCUGUUACAGAGGCCGUCGUGAAAAUAGGCAUCUUGAGGUCAUCUAACAGUCGUACAGCAUUGCCUCUUUGUGGCACUUUCAAAUGUGAGUACUUUCCAAGUGAAAAUUCUUGCCAGUAUUGCAAAAACAAUAAAAACUGAUGUUACAAGAGCUUUUCAAGAAAAUAUAUAUUUUGACUUCAGUUGAUGGGAAAACCAGAGCCACUGGCAUAUUUGGACUGAAAAUGAUGCAUGAACAUGCUGAAAGUUUAUAGAUACAUUUCAUGCACAUUUUGUCUUGAAAACAUGAGAGUAUUCCAAGGAAAACAUAAAAUAAUGUAAUAGUUGUGCAACUGCUCUGCCUGUGUUAAAAAAGUCGUCACUGACAAAUUUGUGUUUUGUUGGACCUUGUAGAAUCGCCCAGUGAGAAAGCUGUUAAGAAAACUAUGAAACUUAAUUUUGGUAACAUCUGAGACAGUUAUUGUAGUGUACACUGUCGUACACAACAGUAAGGAGAGAGAGCCUACAGAUUGGUGCAACAACAGUCUUCGUAGGAAAGCUGGAUAGGAGCUGAGAUGAUUAACAAAAGAGUUAGUACAACAAACAGCAGAUUUAUUUAACUUGUAUCACAGGUAAUGCAGCAAGACACGAAGUCCAGAUGUCUCUGAGGAGUGGCUCCAGGUGCAAGAGUGGUGCCACCAGCCAUCCUAUAUUGUGGUGGCAGAGAGUGCUUAUAGUCCAGCAUGGCUGCAGGCAUGCUGCAUUGGGUCCACCGGAUCCUGCACAACUGCUGUUGGCAUUGAAUGUAAACUUCCAUUGCCAGCUGUGAUACGCUGGUAGAGUGAUGUCGAUACACAGUACGACAAUUAUUGUAUCAUCACUUAUCAUAAAGUUUUAUUUACCAGAGAUUCUGUGCAUGACGGUGCGUGAUUUUAGUUCCAAUGGCUCCCAUUAAUACGAUUGAGAAUAUUUUCUAUUUCCUGAAAUUUUUUUAUUUG